AUGCGGUACUUUGAUGAUUACUUCGCACUUUGGUCAUAUGGAAGGGAAAAACUGGAAGAGUUUCUGAAGUUUGUAAAGCAGAUUGAUAGAAAAAUUCAAUUCACAAUGGAAAUAGAGAAAGGUGAGCGGUUACCGUUCCUGGACGUUGAAGUUAUUCGUUCUAAUAGAACGCUCAAAAAGAAUUUGUUCAGAAAGAAGUCCUAUGCUGGGAUUAUACUCAAUUUUCGGUCCUAUCAUGAUUACAGGCUGAAGAUUGGAAUAAUGAGGAGCAUGAUCAUUCAAAUCCUACGCUUAACGGAUAUAGAAUUCUGGGACGAGGAUAUUCCUCGGCAAUGGCUACCCAAGUGA